GGCCCUUUUCUGGUCUCACUCACUCUCUUUCUCUAUUCCUCUCUCUCUCUCUCUCUCUCUCUCUCUCAUAUACGUUACGUUUCGCCUCUUCGCGAGAGAAAUACUCAGUCGGUGCUCUGGAAUCAAAGCCAGUCCUGUUCUUAAAACCUCUUCUCUCGAUCUCCAAUCUCUCUCUCUCUCUCUCUCUCUGUCUAAAAUUUCUCUUUUUCUUUUCUCUCUCAUCUCGCAUUUCAUCUUCCAAAGAUCGAAACUUUUUGUUUUCGUAUCUGUAUAAUGCCUUUUCUACUUCCCAGAAUUGAAUCGAAUUCAACUUCUUCAAAACCAAUUGUUUAAAAACAAUGGAGUUCGCAACAAAAUUACCCGAACCCGACACCAAUGCUCGACCCGGGACCCGUUCCUUGCCCUUCGAAAUCGAUCUCAACGAGACUCCUCCUCGCGAAACCCCCGCCGCCGACGAGGCCGCCGUCGCUCCCGCGGCGAAGAAAGAAGGGGUUUUUUCCGGCGAGGUUUUGUGCGCGUCGUGUGGAAGAACAGCCGAAGUGAAGGGAGAUACGGUUGUGUGUUGUGGUUGUGGAAGAGGGUUUCACAUGAGGUGUUUGGGGACGAAGGAGGAUCAGAAAUCGAGAGAAUGGAAAUGCUUCAAGUGUUUGUUGAGCAAUGGGAGUGAGAAGCUGAGGAGUGGAGUGGGGUUUUUGGAUAUGAAUGCAUCGCCGCCGCGAGAGGCGGAGGGAGAGGGGUUUCUUGAGGAAGUGCCGAGCUAUGGUGGUGGUGGAGGGAACAGAGUUCAGAGGAGAGAAGCAGAGCAAAAUGGUGAUGACAAAAGGCACUCUCUCCUUGAUGUUACUUUCACUGGUCACUCGCUCAAUCCCUCUGUGACAACUUCGAAUAUUUUACAUCUGGAGAAUGGAUUUAAUCUCCUAAAGGCAUCUCGUGUUGUGACACAAAUUCCUAAAUCAGGUUUUGAAGAUAUAGUGCAGUGCAGACAGUAUAGAACUUCAGAUUUGAGUUCCCCACAAAUUUCCAGUCAUUGUACACCCCUGACUUUUCAUCCAGAGACUCAAAGUGAGUUGUAUCUUGAAGGCCUUAGAGAAUGUAUACAUAAAAACCGAGGCAUAUUAGGUGAUGAUGGCUGGCAUGUGGAAUUUGUUUUUUGUAAGAACAGAUGUAAGACCGUUGCAGUUUACUGUGCCCCUGAUGGAAGUAGGUUUGAGUCAAUGCCUGAUGUCGCUGGGCAUCUUGGAUUGUUGAGAAACUAUCGUUCUUUAGAAACUGAGGAUAUAAGUGGUGGAUUUGCUUUGCAAAAGGGAUUACACUCAAACAGAAGGCGAAAGGAAAUUUUGAGGUUCCACAGCUCCAAUAACUAUAGGGAAAAUCAGAAUGCUCCAAAGAGAAGUGCUGUUGUGGGCAUCUCGUCGGGCAUUGGGAUUGUAGGUCAUCGGACUGGUGAAUUUGAGAUCAGCAGAAGCCGUAUGGAAGCUGACUCCAUGGAACAUGACUCUGGAUUUGAGUUGUUUCAGGAUAGAUUUCCAUUGCAAUUUGAAGACUUCUUUGUCCUCUCUUUGGGCAAGGUUGAUCCUCGGCCUUCAUAUCAUAACACCAGCCAGAUCUGCCCUGUAGGUUACAGGUCUUGUUGGCAUGAUAAGAUUACUGGGUCCAUUUUUGUUUCUGAGGUUAUAGAUGGUGGUGAUGCUGGUCCUAUUUUUGAAGUUCGAAGAUAUCCAUGCUCCACACAGCCCAUUCCAAUUAGUUCAACAGUCCUCUUCUUGAGACAAAAAUCUGACUCAGAUGAUGGGCACGGCAAAGUGGCAAAUGAUGAUUCAACUACUUCUGGAAUGGAUGAUGAUGAGAAUCUGAGUAUUCAAAUGCUGCUGACAGAAGAUAACCCACCACAUCUGGAAGAUAUUGAUUUUCAAAACACAAAAAGUUCGACAACAGAGUCUAGUUGCUGUCCACACAGAAUUGUAAACAUCAUACCUGAUGCUAUAAGGCUGGGUGACUCUAUUGGUGAAUUUUUAGUGGAAGGGAGAUCAUCAUCAUUGGUAUGGGAAAUGGCCUCUCAAACUCUUGUGUGUGCUUGCCAUGAGGUAUUUAAGCGAAUAGACAGACUUCAAUUUUGCUGUAAACAUAAUAUGAAUGGAAUGAAUGUCAAAGCAGCAGACAAUAUUGAUUCAUUAUCCAAGUUUUGUUAUCUGUCUGGACCUACUGACAUUCCAUGUUUGAUUCGGAGCAACAAUGAAUUUGACAGAUACAGUGAAAUGCUGAUGAAAUGGUUACAACAAGACAGAUUUGGAUUAGAUGUGGAAUUUGUACAGGAGAUCUUAGAGCAGCUCCCUGGGGUUCAUGCCUGUUCAGAGUAUAAAUUUCUAAAUAAAAGAAAUCAAAAUUCAGGUUCUCAAACAGUUAGAAGUGGGUUCCUUUUGGCUCGAAGGAGUAAUGUACAAGAUGGGAAUUCAUUAAGUUGUAAAAGACCUCGAAAGCCUUUAGUUGAAGACUCUUGCUUGAUGAAAUCCUUACCUUUAGGCAAGCCACUAACCGCAAAGCUUCCGGCGUAUUUGUUAGGUGACGUUCUUCAGGCUUGGGAGUUUCUAUGGCGUUUCUCAGAGAUUUUAAGCCUGGAGGAACCUUUUUCAUUCCAGGAACUUGAAAACGAAUUGCUAAAUCCUUGGUUAGACACCAUAAAUCCGCUAGAUGGGACUGGAAACGAAAUCCAAAAUUGUGGAGAUGUCACCUUAUGUACUGGUGCAGCAUUGAGAAUGGCCCAUAGCUCAAUGCUGAAAGUGGUAAUAGGUGAACUCCUUUUGAAAGUUGCAGGAUAUGUUGAUCCUAAUUCUGAUGCUGGAGAAUGUAAGUCGAAACGAGGAAAGAAGAAAGAUGCAGACAACUCACUUACUUCAAAGAAAAUGAAGUUUGAUAUGCUCCAGAUCAAUGAGCUUACUUGGCCUGAAUUGGCUCGGAGAUACAUCCUAGUUGUCUUGUCAAAGGGGGGUAAUCUGCAUUCUGCAGAGAUUACUUGCCAUGAGAGCACCAAAAUCUUCCAUUGUUUACAAGGUGAUGGGGGAACACUUUGUGGUUCUCUUAAAGGAGUGGCUGGAAUGGAGGCUGAUGCGCAGCUUCUUGCAGAGGCUUUAAAACAAGUCUUUGGUUCUUCGGUGAAGAAAUUUGACUUUGUAAGGACAGAUCAAGAUGAGUAUCCUGCAAUGAGCACUCCCAAAACGACUGAGGUGAAUGAAAGUGAAGUCCCUGCAUGGGCGCAGGCACUAGAACCUGUAAGAAAGCUGCCCACAAAUGUUGGAGCAAGAAUUAGGAAGUGUGUGCAUGAUGCUUUAACUAAAAAUCCUCCAGAAUGGGCAAAGAAGAUAAUGGAACAUUCAAUUAGCAAGGAAGUUUACAAGGGAAAUGCAUCGGGACCUACGAAGAGAGCAAUUGUUUCGUUGCUGGGGGAAGUGAACCAUAAACAGUUGCAUCCCAAACCUGAAAAGAAAGAUAAAGUAAAGAGUGUCCACACUGUAUCUGAUAUAAUAAUGAAACAGUGUCGCAUCGUGUUGCGGCGUACUGCUGCUGAAGAUGAAGAUAAAGUCUUCUGCAAUCUGUUGGGAAGAACUCUUGUAAAUCCUAAUGAUAACGGCGAUGAGGGACUUCUUGGAUAUUCUGCAAUGGUAUCUCGUCCUUUAGACUUCAGAACUAUUGAUAUCAGAUUGGCUGCUGGGGCCUAUGGUGGAUCCCAUGAAGCUUUCCUCGAGGAUGUUCAGGAGGUUUGGAAUAAUAUACGCAUCGCAUAUGCAGAACAGUCUAAUAUGAUUGAUUUGGCAAAUGCUUUAUAUCAAAAGUUUGAAGAAUUGUAUGAAAAAGAGGUCCUCACGCUGAUCCAAAUGUUUUCUGGAAGCGCAAAUUCUUUAUGCCUAAGCAAUGAAUCAGAAAAAGAGGCGUGUGAUGUGCUUCUUUGUGCAAACGAGAGCUCACUUCCCAAAGCUCCCUGGGAUGACGGUGUCUGCAAAGUGUGUGGAGUAGACAAAGAUGAUGACAAUGUUUUGUUGUGCGAUACUUGUGAUUCUGAGUAUCACACAUAUUGCUUAAAUCCUCCACUUGCAAGAAUUCCGGAAGGAAAUUGGUAUUGUCCUUCUUGUGUUGCUGGUAAGUCCAAGUCUCAAGGCACAUUCCGUGGUACUCAGGUCCGUUUGUGCCAGAAAAAGAGAUAUAGAGGUGAACUGACUCGAAAUUUUAUGGAAUCAUUGUCCCGAUUAGCAAGAGCCAUGGAGUCAAAAGAGUACUGGGAGUUCAAUAUAGAGGAGAGAAUAUUACUUAUGAAGUUUUUGUGUGAUGAGACACUGAACUCAACCAUUCUUCGUGACCACCUAGAUCAUUGUGGCUAUACGUCUCUUGAUUUGCAGCAGAAACUGCGGUUCCUUUCUUCAGAAUGGAAGAACCUGAAAAUUAGAGAAGAAGUUCUGGCUGCUAAUCUGGAAAAAGCAAAUGCUGUGCACAAUAGAGUCGGAGAGUUGGUUCCAGAUGGGUUGGCUUCUGUGCUUACAAAAGAUGGGAAAUUAAUGGGUCAGCUUUCUAAAAGAAGCAACAGUGUUUCAUGCUGCUCUGGUAAUUUUCAAAACAUAGAGGAUGGCACACGGUGGAAUGGGCUGAAUGAUUACAAUGAACAAUCUUGCCGGUCUUUUUCGAAAAACAUUUCAGAGAAAAGUUGUGCCAGUAAUAGAAGUCAAAGUUUUAAACGGUCUGAUACCAUUGGUCCGUUGCUUACCCCUAAUCAAGUUCCAGAAGGCCUUGUCUCAUCAGAUGUCAGUGGGAACCAAAUAGCUGAACAUGAACAUAUGUUUAAUGGCCAUCAUUCCUCUCUUCAAUCUGAUGCCAAUGCAUUACAAGCCAACAACCUCGAGAUGAUGAGCUCGCUGAAGCAUGAGAUAUCUGUUCUGCAGGAUUCAAUGGCCAGUCUAGAAUCUGAAUUUCAGAAGGUGUCUGUUAGGAAAGAAUUUUUGGGAAGGGACUCUGCUGGUCGAGUGUACUGGGUUUUUGGCAGGCCAGAUACUUACUCACUGCUGGUUGUUAAUGGAAGUAUGGAGGUACGACAGAGUAAAGUGACAGCGCAUGGAGGUCCAACCGAGAGCAGUUCAAAUUUAAGAUCAUCUCAAUAUGGCAUGUUGAAUCUUUCAAGUUCAAGAAAACCAAACACUUCCAGUAUGUAUGACACAUCUGCAUGGGUUUCUUACCAAUCUGAUGCUGAAAUUCAAGGACUUGUUGGAUGGCUGAGAGAUGGUGAUGCAAGAGAGAGAGAACUGAAAGAGCACAUUUUGCAUUGGCAGAGUAAACUUAAAGACACGAACAAUGCUGGAAACCAUGUUCAAAAUGAGAAACAAAAACAACCAAGUUGUUUGGAGCUCCCCACUGGUCUAAAAGCCAGAGACUCCAAUUUGCUGGUGACCAAGGCUGUGACUGCUUUGGAGAAGAAGCAUGGACCUUGCUUGGGUUCAGAGGCCAUUGACAUCUCAAAGAAGCAGGGUGAGAAAAGUAAGGUAACUUGUGAAGGGAAAAUGUAUCGAUGUGAAUGCCUAGAACUUAUCUGGCCUUCUAGACACCAUUGCCUAUCGUGCCACAAGACAUGUUCCUCUAGUGAGGAACUAGAGAGUCAUAGUGACGGAACGUGCAGUGCCGGCUCACCUAUCCUUGAGAAUAGCAAGGUAAAUGAAGAUUCUCGAAAGGGAAAGAUGGUGGCUGAAACUCCAGUUAAGAAGCGCCCUGAUGAUAAUGGAAUUGGUAGAGCACCAAAAAGUGAGAAGAAUGAGAUUGGCUCUAAUCUGAGCAAAAUUCGGGAGCCAGAAUGUCCAUUUGACUUAAAGGAGAUCAGUGCAAAGUUUGUCACUCAAAACUCUCUUAAUGAAUUGGUAAGGGAUGUAGGACUUAUUGGAUCUGGUGGGACUCCAUCAUUUGUGUCGAAUGUAUCUCCUUAUCUCAGUGACCCCACCUUAAGGUUGGUCCCUACAAAGAAAAAUGAGGCCAAUAUGGCAAAUAAAUCAACAGAUUGGGAGGAUCAGCUUCAACAAUCAAUACAAGGGAUCAACGAUAUGAACUGUGAUAGCAAUUCCAACAAUUUUCCUAGAUGUGUUGGAAAUGAUAAAGAUGAAGAGACAUCAAAAGUUGAGAGAUUGAUCUCCAAUUCUACAAAUGAAAGAGAUCAGUUCUUCUCCAGAAGGAAUAAAAGUCCAGCACAUGGGUUCGGUAACUGCUGCGUAAUUCCUGAAUCCUCAUUGAGACGAUUAGUUGGCAGGGUCUCACAAAUUCUAAGGCAGCUCAAGAUCAACUUGCUUGACAUGGAUGCUGCACUACCUGAGGAAGCUCUAAGACCUUCUAUGGUUCAUUUGGAAAAAAGAUCUGCUUGGCGUGCAUUUGUAAAAUCUGCAGGGUCCAUCUACGAGAUGGUCCAAGCAACAAUUGUACUUGAGAACAUGAUAAAAGCAGACUAUGUGAAAAAGGAUUGGUGGUACUGGUCAUCUCUCACAGCUGCAGCAAACAUUUCAACUCUCUCCGCCCUUGCUCUUCGCGUGUACACCCUAGAUGCUGCCAUCAUCUUUGAGAAACCUACAGAUUCAACAGAAACUCCUAAGCCAGGUUGCGAGACAGAGACUCCUUCCAACUCAGAUAAGACAAGCAACAUGAAGGCAAGCAAGACCCUUAAUGAUUCAACUGAUUGUUCAAAACCAAAAACCAGACCGAAUAAGAGGAGGAAAGACUCGAGUGGGUGAACUUGGAUGAACAUUCGAAUCACUGUAAAUAACUUACACAGAAGCAGAGAUAGACUCUUCCUUCCUAAUGCUGAGUUAUCGUUUGGAACAUUCUGGAAGGUUCAAUGACAUCUGCUGCCAUGCCUCUUCGUCUGUAUAUAUGUGUAGUGAGGCUGAUAUACUGACAGAGAUGUUGGAUGAUGAUUUGGAAUCGACAGAUACUGAAGCCUCUCAAAAUAGAAGUUGCAGCAACAUCCACAUCUGCAUACAAAUGUGUAUCAUUCUGAUGUAUAAAAAAGAAACAGGUGAAAAUGAGCAGCUGUAGUUUUUAGUUAUAUCUUUCAUUCAUUGAUAUAUACAUGUUUCAUUGGUCUUGCAUUGCAUUUUCCCCCCUACAGAAAAACCAUCCCCUUACCCCAUAAAGACCUGUCAUGUAAGGGCUUGUCUGUGCCAUGUGCUUAGGACUAGCACACAGAACAUACAUUACUCUGCACUUGAUUGACGAUAUUGUUUGUCCACCACAGAGUCAACACCUCUAUGUUUAUGUUUCUUGGGAGACUGUCCAACGUCCUCCCUAAGGGUUCAAAAAGCAAAAUGGCUUUCGGGUUUUGUUAGAAUGUGAAAGCCAGCACCUCUGUACAAGGAGUGAAACAUGCUUCUUCAAUCCACUGGCACAAUGUGGCUAGUUUGAUUUUA